UCCGCACUCUCUCCACACUACCGCGGGGAAUCGAAUUCGAGCUCCUUCUCCGUCGACUGACCGACAACGAGCUGGUCAAGAGGCAAAGCAUUCAUUUUGUCAAUCCGCGAUCCUACCCCCUUUUCCAGCACGUCCUGAAUCCCACCUUCCGCGGUCUCCUUCUACAAGUCUACACGGUCGCCACGAUGCGCCUCUCUCUCGAUCGCCUCCUCCUUCUCCUCUUCCUCGCCCUCACCCCCGCCAACGCCAUCGGCCUCUCAUGUAUUAAAGUCGCCUCCGCACUAGUCGGCCGGCCGAGCCACUUGUUCGACCUCUUCCAGACCGAAAUCUGUGAACGAGGCUGUCAACCGACCAUCCCCCACUGGGACCUCUGGACUCGCAACAACAGCUUCGUCCCCGCCGUGCGCAGCCUGAUGAAGCGCAUGAAUGUCCCACACAAAGAAGAGGCAUUGCUCAAGAUGGGCGACGAUGUCGCGACCAUCAUCAAAGACCAGUGCGGGCCGAUGCUGGGUGGACGACACAUUUGCUCGGAUCCGGUGACACUGGCGGACUUUGGCAAUUGCUUUAAGCGCUACUUCUUCAAAGCGUCUCUUAAGCAUAUUCCCAUUCUAUUGCCCAUGGCUUCGGAUGCGGCGUGCAAGGAACAAUAUCAGUAUCUACAGGGGGAUGAAUUGUGGGAUGUGACGAUUCCGAAUAACAUGCGCGAGUAUGCGAGCGUGUGCAAUCAGUUGGAGUCGGAGUCGGAGUCGAUGCCGAGGCAGGAAGUAGAGGAGGAAGAAGUGAAGCAUGAGGACUUGUAAUUUAUUGUUCAUAUAUUCUUUAUAUAUCACCACAUAUGAGAAACCAUUUCGAAUCACUUCUCAUCUAGUUCUU